UGUUGGCGUCCGCGUUCGUACUCCCGGCUGUGCGGUCGGUGCGGAUAUUCAGUCAUGAAGUCAGCUUAGGGACUUCUCCCGCAGCGACGCGGCGGGCGAGACUGUUGUGUUGCGGGGGCCGGACUUCAGGUGAUUUUACAGCGAGAUGCUGCUCUCCAUAGGGAUGCUCAUGCUGUCAGCCACACAAGUCUACACCAUCUUGACUGUCCAGCUCUUUGCAUUCUUAAACCUACUACCUGUAGAAGCAGACAUUUUAGCAUAUAACUUUGAAAAUGCAUCUCAGACAUUUGAUGACCUCCCUGCAAGAUUUGGUUAUAGACUUCCAGCUGAAGGUUUAAAGGGAUUUUUGAUUAACUCAAAACCAGAGAAUGCCUGUGAACCCAUAGUGCCUCCACCAGUAAAAGACAAUUCGUCUGGCACUUUCAUCGUGUUAAUUAGAAGACUUGAUUGUAAUUUUGAUAUAAAGGUUUUAAAUGCACAGAGAGCAGGAUACAAAGCAGCCAUAGUUCACAAUGUUGAUUCUGAUGACCUCAUUAGCAUGGGAUCCAACGACAUUGAAAUACUAAAGAAAAUUGACAUUCCAUCUGUCUUUAUUGGUGAAUCAUCAGCUAAUUCUCUGAAAGAUGAAUUCACAUAUGAAAAAGGGGGCCACCUUAUCUUAGUUCCAGAAUUUAGUCUUCCUUUGGAAUACUACCUAAUUCCUUUCCUUAUCAUAGUGGGCAUCUGUCUCAUCUUGAUAGUCAUUUUCAUGAUCACAAAAUUUGUCCAGGAUAGACAUAGAGCUAGAAGAAACAGACUUCGUAAAGAUCAACUUAAGAAACUUCCCAUACAUAAAUUCAAGAAAGGAGAUGAGUAUGAUGUAUGUGCCAUUUGUCUGGAUGAGUAUGAAGAUGGAGACAAGCUCAGAAUCCUUCCCUGUUCCCAUGCUUAUCACUGCAAGUGUGUAGACCCUUGGCUAACUAAAACCAAAAAAACCUGUCCAGUGUGCAAGCAAAAAGUUGUUCCUUCUCAAGGUGAUUCAGACUCUGACACAGAUAGUAGUCAAGAAGAAAAUGAAGUGACAGAACAUACCCCUUUACUUAGACCUUUAGCUUCUGUCAGUGCCCAGUCCUUUGGGGCUUUGUCGGAAUCCCGCUCACAUCAGAACAUGACAGAAUCUUCAGACUACGAGGAAGACGACAAUGAAGAUACCGACAGUAGUGAUGCAGAAAAUGAAAUUAAUGAACAUGAUGUGGUGGUCCAGUUGCAGCCUAAUGGUGAACGGGAUUACAACAUAGCAAAUACUGUUUGACUUUCAGAAGAAGAUUGGUUCAUUUCCCUUUAAAAUGUUUAGGUAUAUACUGUAAUUCGAUUUUUUUGGCUCCCUUCAAAGAUUUCUGUAGAAAUAACAUUUUUUAGUAUUCUGUAAUCAAAUUACUGAAACAGGACUUUUGAUCUGGUAUUUAUCAUCUGCAAGAGUGUACUUCAUUCACUAAUAGACUGGUGCUGUAACUCAAGCACCAACUCAGCUCUUCUUUCAGAAUGCAAGUAUAGCCAAAACAUUAAAAAAAAAAAAAAAAAUCCUCAGUAUAGCUCGCAAUUAAGACCUAGAUCACAGUAUUUAAGUGCUUUGCAUUUUACACAUGAGGUCAGUGCUACAGCCACCUAGCAUGAAGUAACCCAGCUUCCAUCUCCAUAAAGUUACCUAGAGUUGAGUUGGAGUAUGUUCUGGCAUUUACCCAACCUGCCAUCAUUAGUGAGAGGCAACAAGUUAAUUCAGCGCCUUUCCUCCUGUCAGCACAAAGAAACCCAAAGCUGUCUUUUCCCUUUCUGUUCCAAAGCAGUCUUAUCCUGACAGGAGUAGUCUAUACUAGUGCAGAUUUCAAGUUUUUUUUUUUUUUAACAUUUUAAUUACCAUAGUGUUAUGUAGAGAUUUCAUUCAGCAGCUAAAGUAAUGUCUCUGAACUUUACUUACUAAAUUUCCGUAUCCUUAAGGGUUUUGUUAUCAAAGCAAAAAAGAAAAUGCUGCAUAAAAAUACCAAACUUCAGCAACUGUUAAUACUCAGAUCAUAUACCUCUUAAUAAAUAGCAUCUUAUGCUAAUUAGCCCUGCUAAACUAUGUACAGAGGAAACUGUUCAAGUAUUGGAUUUGAAAGUAAAUGACUUAAGUUUAACAGAACUAAUGAUAUAUUGAAACAAUGUAUUAUGAAAAGCUAAAUUAUACAUCAUUGUAACUAUGUAGAAAAUGUAGACUAAUGUAUAAUCAAAAUGCUAAGAAUUUUUAUAUGGCCUUGUAUGAGGGGAGUUUGAAUGUUAAUAAACAUGUUUUCCACUUUAAGAUCCA